GCUCUACGAUCCUGCCAAUUGCUGGCUACGAUGUUAGCCGUCUCAGGAGUUGCGGGCGUCCGGGCCAAGCUGGACCCCAAUCCCGACAUCGAGCUCAAGACCGAUGAACUGAUAAAGAAGUAUGGCUAUCCUUUCGAGAAGCACACCACCAUCACCGAUGAUGGAUACAUUUUAUGUCUUCACAGAAUCCCGUAUAGUCGUGGAAAUCAUGAAAAUUAUUGCUCGAAGCGGCCACCGGUUUUACUCAUGCAUGGCCUUGGCGGCAGUUCAGCUGACUGGAUCCUAAUGGGACCAGGAAAUUCUUUAGCCUAUGCUCUUGCAGAUAUGGGAUAUGAUGUCUGGCUUGGGAAUAAUCGAGGCAACAUCUAUUCCAGAAACCACACCACUAUGGAUCCUACCCAUCGCUACUUUUGGGAUUUUAGCUACCACGAGCUGGGCAUUCACGACUUGCCGUCGAGUAUCGACUACAUCUUAGCUAGGACGGGUCGACGCUCGCUCUUCUACGUGGGCCACUCGCAGGGCACGACCCAGUUCCUCGUGAUGGCCUCGCAGAAGCCUCAGUACAACGGCAAGAUUGCGCUCGCGACCGGCCUCGCACCUGCGGCCUUUACCGGCUAUCUGCGCGGUCCUAUUACGCAACUCACCAAGCUGACAUACUUUGGCGUGUGGGUAGGGGAGAAUUUUGGUUAUCCAGAACUCGAGUCCCGCUCUCGGUGGGGUAAAUUCAUUUCCAGACUAUUCUGCCAAAGUGCCGCACCAACGCAAAUUUUCUGCAGUACCAAGUUCUACUUGCUAGUUGGAUUUAGCCAUGAAAUUGAUCUUGAUAAAUUUCCAGUCAUACUUGGGCAUAUACCAGCUGGUGCCUCUUGGAAGCAACUAAUUCAUUAUGGCCAAGGAUACAUUAACCCUGAUACUUUUCGACCAUUUAAUUAUGGUAAUAGCAAGAAAAAUAUUCUACUAUAUGGAUCGUCAAUACCACCACCAUAUAACUUAGGGGCUAUAACUACACCAGUUGCAUUUUUUAGUAGUAAUAAUGAUUGGUUAGCUACACCUAAAGAUGUUGAAUUAUUAACUAAUAGGCUAAACAGCGUUGUUUACCAUCAACGGAUUUCUGCCAAUUUAUUCAAUCAUUAUGAUUUUCUAUGGGGACGAACAGCGCCGCAGCUAGUUUUGGAACCUUUGAUACAACUUAUAGAACAAUAUCGAUAUAUACAUUAAUAUUUAUUAAGUAAAUUAUUAUAUACCAACAUGUGUUCAACAACAUUAUUGU